UAAUUUUCGUCCAAUUAAAAAAGCAACAACAAUAAUAUACACACCGAAGCGCGUUGUUAAUUACAACGAUAGUGAGCUGUGAGUGAGUGUCGACGCGAGAGGGUGGCUAAUGCAUCAACACCGGAAGACGUAUAAUAAGAUUUUUCAAUGACGGUUGUCACCAUUGAUGAUCACGGCAUGGAAAUGCCCCAUAAUAAUGCAGAUAAUGGUUCUGAAGGAGGCAGCGCCAGCCAAGUUGGCUCCGAGGCAUCCUUCGGAAUCAGACGAGGAAAAUGCAAGUGGUUCAACGUCGCAAAAGGAUGGGGUUUCAUCACACCGGACGAUGGUGGCCAUGAUGUAUUCGUCCACCAGAGUGUUAUAAAAAUGACAGGAUUUCGUUCGUUAGGCGAUGAGGAAGAGGUGGAGUUCGAGUGUCAAGUGUCUGAUAAGGGGUUGGAAGCCACCAGGGUGUCGGGACCACAGAGCGUGGAAUGUCGCGGAUCACAUCGACGACCCACGUCAAAGAAACGUUUUCGAAAAAUAAGGUGUUAUAAUUGUGGGGAAUUCGCAAAUCACAUCGCAGCAAAAUGCGCAUUGGGACCACAACCGAAACGCUGUCAUAAUUGCAAAAGCGAAGACCACCUGAUCGCUGAUUGCCCGCAGAGACCGGAAACAAGCAGCUCCGGCGAUGCCGCCAUGAUGCCACCACUGCCUACGUCGCACAACGGCAACGGAAGCACGAAUGUCGAAGGCAUGGCGCAAUUACACAUCAGCGAAUGAAACAG